GAACUCGGACCGCAUUUUGAAAAUUAUUACAGUGUAACAUUUUUGAAAUUAAGAACAGAUAGCAUUUACUGAUUCCUCUACUUCUGAUGAUUAUUAAUCGGAAGGUUAGGAGUUGAGCAUAAUGUUGCAGUGGAUGGGAGGUUCAAGGAAGAAAGUGACAACUUCGAAGAAAUCGUUACAGAAGAGACAAAAGCAAUACUUCGAACAAAGAAGACGGCAGCAACAGAACCAGCAGAUAGCUGCUGCGGGGUUGGAUAGUAGUUUUGAUGGAGGAGGAAAUAAAAAAUGGGAAGAAGAAAGUCCUAAAUUGCACAAUAAGUCGCUUGAUAUUCUCAAUUUGCUCAACUUUUCAGCUUCGUCUCGUGAAUCGGAGCACAAUUGCCCCAGUGGUAUAACGGAAGAACGAAAUGUCAAUACUUCAACAUGCAAGUAUUUUAUCACUAUGGAUGCACCAAUAAUACAAGGAACUACAGUCAUUCCUGCAGAUUCUGUUGAAAUUGAGAAAACAAGCUGUCCAUCAGAUUACCAAACAGAGAUUCUUUCCCCAAAGAAGGUUCCCAGGGUUCUGCCUGGUUGUCUAGAUAAUCACAAGUCUGUAUAUGGCAGUAAUGAGAAAUCUGAUCCUUGGGGUGCAGCAACUCAAAAAGAGGUAUCAGUUUUUGAUUUGCUUGGUGAUGAUGAACCAAAUGGAUAUUUGGAAGAAGGUCCCACACAUGAAGCUCAUGUUGCAUUCUCAGUUGAUGGUCUCUAUACUGUUUUUCUGCGCUUGAUGUUCUCACUAGGUGUCGGCAAAGUGGAAUCAGAAACACCCCUACAGUCACCACAACAACCUGAUAGGUACGUAUCAUAUGGUUCCUUCUCACCUUCAAAGGCUGCAAGGAAAUUAAACCUAUCAAGAAACCGUAAUUCUCUGUUAAAUGAUCUUGAGCUUGAAGUGGAUGCAAUAAUGCAAGAUCUUGAGAUGCCCUUGAGGAGGAGUUCCUUGGAAAAUUCUAUAGGAAUUGAUGAUUCAUUUAGCAAAUUUAAGAAGAAUUCAUAUGCUGCCAGAGACCACAUACAACAUGAUGGCCAGGGUUGUAAAGUAAGGAGCUCAUUCUCCCAUGGACAAGCAUUUUGUAGCACUGCCAACAAUUUAGAAGACUUAUGGGAUGAUAGAUAUAGUUUAUCUGCUGACUUUCUUGAUGAAAGACAAUGUGGUAUGUCUCGAGAAAGCUGGUCCCAUCAUUUUGACGGCGAUUCUUAUGACUAUCUGAAUCAUAGAAAGCCAAAGUAUACUUUUGGAGAUCCCCAUCUGCUGAAUAAAAGGGAUGCUACAAAAGCAGCUAAAAGGUUCAGUUUUCAAGAUUCUCCUCCGACAAAACACCACAUGUCAGAAGAUGAUUAUGAUUUCAGAAAUUUAAGAGGCGCAAGGCAACGUUCGGGGGCGAUAAACGUGUGUUAUGAAGAUGCAGCUUCCAUUCCUGAUUGGUGUUCCUUCGUGGUGGAAGAUUCAAGAAAAAGUCCGAGUCUGUUGAGUGAAGAGUCAUGCUCAUCCACAGCAGUGAGGGGUGAGCAGGUGCGGAGCUAGUUUUGGAUUUCCGGACGCUGUCAUUGCUUCUCAUUUAUGAUAAUAACAAAAUACGCAGAGUUCAAAUGUUCAUAGUUUUGCAGAUAUAUUACUCUCAAAAGAAUUUCAUUCUAACCAUUCCCAACUUGUGCAAAGAUAAAUAAAUCGAAACUUAAAAAUUAUAGUGACCACUGUCAUCUUUCAAGCUUA